GCCUCGUACUUUGUGAAGUAGAGAAUGAAUUUGUGUUGCUGUUGACCCUCUCAUCCGCUCUGCUCCCUUUACCAAAGAGCAUACUUAUUCCCACCAGAUCUAUUAUAUUUUUCUAUUUUGAUGUCAAUGUGGGAUGAAUAUAUGGGUAACUGAGUUCCUGGAUGGGCACAAAUACCAAAUUAUUGAGCUUCAUAUGUUCCUCUCUUAAAGGGAACCAAAGAACAGCAGAGAGAGAUAAGCACUUGAGCCGAUGUUUAUCUUCCGCUGAGCACAGCAAAGUCCCCCUAAAGGUUAGAUCGCUCCUCCACCGAUGUAUGUCUGCUUCUUCUCACACCUUCCUCUCUGCCCUAAAACACCCCUGUCCUUGUGCCCCAUUGGUCAUCUCCGGUCAGGUGGACAGGGGAUGCCCCAAAUCCUCUCCUAAGAUGAGAAAAUACUCCCAACGUUCUCCAGUGUUUGUUGCAGGCAGUCGAUGCAUCAGCUGCAUAGCUGACAGCACCAGCAGGCGAUCAGCUAGGACCUACUUCCAUUUUUUCCCCUGACACUUGGCUUUUGAGUAGAGGGGCCCAAGCCAGGAAAAGAAGGAUGGGGGCUGGAGCGAGUGCCGAGGAGAAACGCUCCAAAGAACUGGAGAAGAAGCUGAAGGAGGACGGCGACAAGGAUGCAAGAACUGUCAAGCUGCUGCUGCUAGGUGCUGGAGAAUCAGGCAAAAGCACAAUCGUCAAACAGAUGAAAAUUAUCCACCAAGAUGGUUACUCACUCGAAGAGAGCUUGGAGUUCAUCACCAUCAUCUACAGCAACACCCUGCAGUCAAUCAUGGCCAUCGUCAAGGCCAUGGGCACUUUCAACAUGAACUAUGGCCACUCGGAUCAGCAGGAUGAUGCCAGGAAACUCAUGCAUCUCGCAGACACCAUCGAGGAAGGCACCAUGCCUAAAGAGCUGUCGGACAUCAUUCUGCGCCUGUGGAAGGACUCUGGCAUUCAGGCGUGCUUUGAGAGGGCCUCCGAGUACCAACUCAACGACUCCGCUGGAUACUACCUGUGUGACUUGGAGCGACUGGUCCAGCCAGGCUAUGUGCCCACCGAGCAGGAUGUGCUGCGAUCAAGAGUGAAGACCACCGGUAUCAUCGAGACCCAGUUCGGCUUGAAAGACCUGAAUUUCAGAAUGUUUGAUGUGGGUGGCCAGAGGUCAGAGAGGAAGAAGUGGAUUCACUGUUUCGAAGGUGUGACCUGUAUCAUCUUCAUUGCUGCUUUGAGCGCCUACGACAUGGUGCUGGUGGAGGAUGAUGAAGUGAAUCGAAUGCACGAGAGUCUGCACUUGUUCAACAGUAUCUGCAACCACCGUUACUUCGCCACCACCUCUAUCGUACUCUUCCUCAACAAGAAGGAUGUGUUCGUUGAGAAGAUCAAGAAGGCUCAUCUCAGCAUGUGCUUCCCCGAUUACGAUGGACCCAAUACCUAUGAGGAUGCUGGUAACUACAUCAAAUUGCAGUUUCUGGACCUGAACUUGCGCCGAGAUAUCAAAGAGAUCUACUCUCACAUGACCUGUGCCACAGACACAGAGAACGUCAAGUUUGUGUUUGACGCCGUAACCGACAUCAUCAUCAAAGAAAACCUGAAAGAUUGUGGUCUCUUCUAAGAGCCAUGCUGAGGGACCCGAUGAAGGGUGCCGUCGCGUUCCACAAAUCCCUCCUCAAUUAAAACUGAGGACCCAAGAGGAGAAACUGUCCCCUAAAAUAUAGCCAUUCUCAAACUCAAUCCAUUUGUUGUGCUCAAAACUAAGUUGUAGCUUUGGCCAAAGACUUGAGGUCAACUGAGAGAAGCAGACUUGAGUCAGAAAAUCCUGUGCAGACUUCAGAUGAGUUGAAUUUUGUAGUCCAAGCUAACUUUUUUCUCUCCUGGGUCUCUUGAACUUGUCUUUGGAGGCGUACGCAAUCUGUAGUUAACACAUCAAAAGCUUCUGUCAGCAUUAAGUGAUUUCCACUCACAUGCACUCAUGUGAAUAGAUGUCAGCCUAACGCAUUGUCUCUUGCUCCAGUUACUGGUCAGUAUAUAUCGCCAGGAGAAGGAAACAAGAUGGCCUCACCACCUGCAGACGCACUUCAACCAUAGAGAUUUAAAAUGAACCUGAAAAACACCUGAGAGGAGUUUGAGACACAAGUCAAGCAGGUAACAACAGAAUUUGUAAGGAUGGGGGAGGGGGGGUUAGAAAAUUGUACUUUCUGCUGUAGUUGAAAGGGACGUUGUAUAUAAUCAAACUGAUUUCCAAUGAACAGUUCAUGAAGUGUAGUGAUACCAUGUUGAUCUGUAACAAUGUUGAAUGAUAGAUGUACUUCAACUUCAAAGUCCUCCAAAGUGAACCUGACGAUAUACAGGCCGUCGAGCCAGCCAUCCUGUACAGAGUCCAAUAACUGUAAAACCUUGAUUCAAUCUAUUAAAGCUUCUGUAGAGAAA